UCAUUCUAUUGUCCGACGCGAGAGGGUAUACCCAUUUGACUUUCUGUGGUGUACCCACCGUUCGUGAAAUCUCUUAUGUGCAUAGCCCAAAUACAAAUCUAAUCUCGACCUACUUCGCAGCUUCUCUCCUCCCCUGAAAGCUUCUCGCUCUCAGCAUUGACAUCUUUCAUAUCGGAAGGAUUUCUUUAAAGUUUUUUCUUGUGAAGUUUUCUUGAAUUUUAUUAUGACUGUGCAAAGGAUUAUUUAUGAGUUAAUUUUUGAGGAUAUUUUAAGGAAGAAAACAGGAGUGUGAAAAAAUUGUUAAAAUUUUCCAGUGAAGAAUGUGAAUGAUCACAAAAGAUCACAGUGAAGAGUUCAUCAAAGGAUUCUAUAGCAAGGAUAAUUGCUCUCAAUGCUCUAAUUAACUAGAAAGUUAAAAAAAAAGAGUUUCUCUAACAAGUGAAGAAGAAGGAAUUGAAUUUCAAAGAUCAUACAACAGGAAAUAUUAAAGUUUCCUCAGAGAUUUAUUUUUUGUAAAAAAAAAAUAAAUUCCAAGUUUGAUCUGGUGCCCUGUGAGUGGAAAGAAGUUAAAUAAGACGGAAAAAACGAUCAUCAUUUUGUGUGAAUGGAACAGUUGAAACAAUGCACGACACAUUUUCAAUGGUUUUAUAGAUGAUAAAUACGGAAAAAGAAGAAAAUAAGAGACUCAAUUCGAUUCAGCGGAAGAACAAUACGAGUCAGCGAGAUUUGCGAAAAAGCGUGUAUAAAUUGUAAUGAAACUUCCUCGUAAGGCCUAUCUCCAAUAUUUAGUGGCGAAGAAGUGUGUGUGCAUGGAUAUCGUUUGAGUGACCCACUUUUGUACCAAAGUGCACCGACGUUUCGUCUGACCCGGAUAUAUCGGAGUCUCUCUCUCACUCACUCACUUGAGAGCGUCAUCAUCCAACACCAGCCCAACGUUGGAGGCAACUUCAAGACAGCACAACUUCCAAUGAUCAUCGCCCCCCGCGGCCCAUCAAACCACCCAAAAGCUCGCUCUCUUCAAUCUCAUUCUUCUCCAUCCACUUUGUACAUUGUUCGCCUUUUUUUUUGCUCUUCCACGCUCUUCAUCUCCAACACUGAUCCUCACACACUCAACGCGCAUUUUCCUCCUCAACCCAUUGCCUAUGGUUGUGGUGUACCCCAGAGGUCACACAAACUCAUCCUCCGGUGUUACCAACUGUGUGAGUUGAAUUUUUUUGGUUCAGCCACUGAAGGAGGUGUGGGUCGUGCGGAGGAUGGUGGAGCCCAUCAAUCGCACCAAAUGCAAUCACGAAUGGAUGUGUGAACAUAGUGUGAGUGAGAUUAAAUGACAGUGAUCUCACGACGGUGCACAGAGAUCAUCAAACAUUGCAAUUUAUGCACAUCAAAACAUAAAUCUUACAAGACGCCCCAAAAUUUUCGGACAAUUUUCCCCCAAAGUGUAGCCCUUCGCGCGCGCGAAGAUCGUGACGAAAGAUCAAAAGAAAACAAACAAAAAAGAACUUGUGAGAUAAAUACACUGGCAUGAUCAACAUAUAAUGUGGAAUUACUGUGAAUAAUAAUAAUAAAGCAGUGAAGUUUUUAGAGCAGUGACCCACAUUGGGAUGCAAAAAAAGGAUUAAAAGUGGCGGAUGUAUAAGUGUUUUUAUAUCUUUCAAAGCAGCAUAAAAGAGAGGGGGAGAGAGAUUUAAAAGAAGCAAAAGAAGAAAAAAAGCCCCCAACGAAUCUCUUUAUGCAUAUAAAACAAUACUUGUACAUAAUAAGAUUUUAUUUGAACCAAAAACACUAAAAAAAAAUUUGAGAAACUCCACACGAUCGAGAGAUACUUCCCGUCUUCCUCAAAAUUAACACCUUGUCUAAUUACUACUCCUUCUUCUUCUUCUCUCUCUCUGGGGACUUUGCAUCUGUGAUCUCUAUCCACUGAUACAAAAAAAAAAAACAAAAAAUUUCAAUUUCUAUUUCUUGAUCAUCUUUGGUGUUUUCUGCAAAAAACGACGCGGGACGUGUGAUUUACCACCAAGUGAUGGAAUAAUUUAACAAAAGAAUCAAUAGUUGAUGAAGAGACAGAUAGAACAGAGAAAAUUCAUGAGUGAUUUAUGCAGAAGCUAUAACUUUUUCUUUUUUUCUGAUAAUAUAAAUGGAUACAAUAUCGUUGGAGUUGAAAAUGCAGAUUAAUAAAAAAUGGUCCCAGAUAUGGCAUCGAAGAAGUCGCUCACUUGACAAAUACUAAAAAAAAAAAAUUAAAUUUGAAAAUUUCGUCGUGGAAGAACUUUGCGCAAAAGGGCCGUUACUGCGCGGAAAAAGGAAGAUCAUCAGCAGUUUGGUCAAGAAGUUCAACACCCAAUACCGGCAACGUGUGUCUGGAAUUUCCUCACGGACCCGGGAGGGAUCUCGUAAACAAAUUAGCACAAAAUUGAGCAGAAAUUCCCACAAAACGCCACGAGAUACAAACAAUAAUGAAGUAUUGCAGCUCAAGCAAUAUGACCACCCAGAACGAAUCGGAAGUAGAGAGCUUACUUAUGAGUCCGUGCUGGAGUCAAGGUCAGAAUGGGUCACAGGAUCAAUAUAUGCUUGAGGGACAUAAAUUACUACUUGAGCAUGAUCUUGACUCGCUGCCGAGUGAUUCGGAAACGCAAAAGGGUUCAAUUGAUGUGCUAGAUAAUCUCCUGCUGAAUUCCCAGUCAAUUAAUUCAAGUCUAGCCGAAUUGAAACCCCUGCCACCAUUCACCGGCUACACGGGACACUUGUCGAUAAAUGGUAUCUCAGGACACCACUACCAUGCCAUUGCCCAGAGGCUACCUGAGGAGAAUAACAACUACUCUCAGUCAACGUACCAAGCUAGCAGUGGAGGCGCCAGUACAACGGAUCAGAAUAUUGUUUCGUCAUCCACAUGCCUGCCUGAUUCUGUUCUCAAUCCCGAUGCUCCCGAUACAUGCCUGCAGGAUGUUAAAUUGUUCUCAGACAGUGCGAUAGAUAGCAAAAUGUACGUCGCGGAUAGUUGUGUAAUGAGCGGUAGUGGUGGCUCCGGUCCGGAUUCCGUAUCGAGUGUUCGGAUAUAUGCUGACUCGAAAGAUCUGACGGAGUACGAUAUGAGUUCCAUUGAGGAUAUUGCUGCCAUUAUUGGGAGCGCCAUUGCUGACACCACGGUGCCCAAUCAAAUUGAGAAUGACGACAACGCUGAUACGCGAGAUUCGUGGAUGGAUCUCGAUGCGUGGAUUGAUGGGGCAUGUGUGCAGCAGGAUGGGAAAUUAAUUGUAGCACAGCAGGAUAGCAUGAAUGAGUUCAUUUUGCCACAUUCACCGGGCGUUCAGGCGACCGGAAGUACGUUACAGAGUUUACUGACGCACGGCUAUAUGCCGUUGCUGCAGAAUCGACUACAGAAUGGCCCACCCAUUAAAGUUGAAGCACCCACCUCGUCAACAUCCUACUGUGGUGACCUCAUAUCAACAUCCACAAGUCCACCCGGCUCUGUGGUGUCCACAACGGACAAUAUGAUGCUAAACGGAAGGUACCUGUCAAACCAACAGUCCCAUCACUACCAAGUCAACAUGACGGGGAGCAGUGGUGGCGGUAGUGGGGGUGGUAGUGGCAUCAAAUCAGACGGGCUGUGUAGUCCAGAGCUGAUGGGAAACUACCCCCAUACAACCACCACCUCAACACCUACAAGUGCGAAGAAUAAACGAUCGCGAUCGCAGAAGAAGUCACAGCAACAGGGACAACUAGGUGCUGCAACAACGCAAGCCUCUGCGGUUAGCUACCAAGCAUCAAGUGAUCUCAGUGGGUUGCUGAGUAAAGAGAAGCCCGUACAUCGGUGCAACAUCUGCAAUCGGGGCUUCCUCAAUAAAAGCAACAUUAAGGUUCACCUGCGGACGCAUACGGGGGAGAAACCCUUUAGGUGCGAAGUGUGCUCAAAGGCGUUUCGGCAGAAGGCGCACCUAAUUAAGCACCAGCAGAUUCACAAACGAAUCGGACGGGAUUGACCACCACCACGUGUGAUACUACAAGAUAGGAUACUCAAAUGUGAAUGACAGUCUCUAGGGUCAAGCCCUCUCGGGGCGCGCAAAGGGGAUACAAAAAAAAAUCUUUUAAGAAAAUUUUUCUUAGUGACACACUUUGGCGAUUCACCGGCACCUCCGGCGGAAUCUCUUGUGUGUUGUUGCGCACACAUCCCGCACACGCCGAAGGAGAGAAGAAAUUUCAACAUAAUUGUGAAUUUUUGUUAUUGCUGGAGUUAUUUUGUUUUCUUCGCCAACAAAAUCACAGCGAUGAUGAGCAAUUUGUGGCUGUUUAGUGUUUGAAUGUUUAAUAUCUGUGAAAGAGGACUUGACUUUUAUUUAUGUUAGACGAUGGGAACACACGUGCUAUAUAUGAAAGGUACCUCAGAAUCAUAAAUAAUUUUACACAAAAUAAUCUAUUGUAUAAUUUGUCUUUUCGUGCUAGUGUCUCUUAAAAUAAGGAAAUAUCUCUUUGUAAUUAGGCAGAUGAUGUUAAAUGCCUUUGUACAUAUAGCUUGCAGUGUGUAAAUAUUAUUUUCUUGUCCUCCUCCAUGGCUAUCCGUGGCAAGCAAUUAACUCACAUAUAGGAAAUUUGCGCGACAAAAAACAAUGAGAUAUAGUAAUUAAUUGAAAUGAAGAAAAAAUUAAGCAAAAAAAAAAUUACACACGUAAUAAGAAAAAAAAAACACUUGUCUUUGUAGAUCUAUUGUAAAACCUGUCCUAUGUAGGUAAUUAUAAAUUAAGGCUUCACUGUAGAGACAUUCUUUUUCCUUACAAUAUAGUUCAUACUUUUGCUAUUUAAGUGCUUAAGUAGAGACUUUUCCUAUAAUGAAAAAAAGUGCAAUCUAUUGUAAUUAUCAGUGGCCUGGAAUUAUUAUUUUUUUCUUUCCUUACAAAAUCUUCCUUUAUAAGACAAAAACCAUCUCUUUAUUCUCUCCCUGUGUGUCUCAAGAAGGUGCUUUGGAUAUGAUUUAUUAAAAAAAAAUUAAUUCAUUUCAACACUUUCCGCGUGAUUUCGGAAUUCUUUUUAUUGUUAUUAAAGUUAAUAAACAUGACUCCUAAUGGGAGGGGGGGGGAGCAAGAAACCCCUUCACUUUGCUUGCAAUUAAUUACAGUUACGGUCAUUUGAAUUUGAAUUCUUGCAGAUUUUUUCUUAAUAUGUUUUUUCAUCAAGUAAAACAACAAAAAAUACCAAAAUUCACGGCUCCCCACUCCAUGACCCACAAAUGUUAAGAAAAAAAUACAUAAAAAUUGUAUUUUUCAAUCUCUGUCGAAAUUAUGCUUUAUUGUGCAUCAAUUUUGGAAUAGGGCCACUGCAUAUUACAGCUAAUUAGUGAGAAAUGUGUGUGUGUGUGUGUGUUGUGCGUAAAGUGCGUAAACAUUAAAUUAGGAAUUGAGGGAACUGCGUAAAUAAUGUAGUUUCUUCUUUCCACCGUAAAUUAUUACUUUUUUUUUUAAAAUAUUUUCUUUAUAAUUCUAGUUUGGGUUUCAAAUAGCAAAUAUAGUUAUAAUUGCAAUUAAACUCAUUUCUCCUUUUUAAAAUCAUUUAUUUUGCUUCUCUGUGUAAAUUUUUUUGGUUAAUGCUUUUGGAAAUAUUUUUGCUUUUAUUUAUUUUCUAUAUCUUACUCUGGUCACAAUUAUUUUCAUUUUCAUCUAAAGAAGAUUUAAAAAAAGUCAUUUUGUUGAAUUUUCUUUAUGCAAAUUUUUUGAAUGAAAGGAUUUCUUAAAAAGUUAGAACAAAAAAAAAUAUUUUAAAAAAAGAAAAAUAAUCGGCCAAUUUGAGGCUCUAAAAAAUCAAAAGAAUUCUUUAAGAAAAAUUUCAAAAGACUUUUUUUCUUUGUAAUCAAGAAAAAUUAAAAAUUCCAUUAUAUUUAUUUAAAAGAAAAAGCAUAAAAAUCAUCAAAUCUCAUAAAAUUAUUUUUCCUAUUUCACCCUGUAAAAAAAAUAAAUUAAAAAAACCGAACAAAACACUUAAGAUACAGCAAAUGUGAUAGAAACUUUCUCGUUCGUGUUAAGCAGAGACAAAAAAUAUAUAUUUGCUAUUUUUAAACUGAAAAAACAACAAAAAAUCUUUCGUUAAAAUGAUUGUUAAGGUUGUUUAAACAACGUUUGGUAAAUUUGAUUUUUCAAAUUGUUAUCCAAUAAGAGAAAAUAAUAUCAAAUGAUGUUUAAAAGAAAAAAGAAUAUAGAUCUCCUUUCUCUUCGUUGAGUAGUGUUUAUAUUAUUGUAUUUUGAGAGGAAUUAUGUUUAGAGAAUGAAACAAAGUCAGUAUUUAUUAAAUUAGCUACAAAAAAAUAAAAAUAAAAAAAUACAAAAAAUAAAUGGUACACAAAAUGAAAAAUUCGUGAUGAUAAAAAAUUUAUUUCCAAUGAUUUUUCUUUGUGAUUUAAUUGACUUCAAUAUUUGAAAUAUUUUUUUCUUUCAUAAAAUUUUUUAAUCAAAAAAGGAAACUUUGGAAAAUUCUUAUGAGAAAAGUCAUUGGAAAUAGGUUUCUUUAGCUCCGAAUAACAUUGAAGAUUUUAGAGAAAAUAUUGUAAUUAAUUUGUAUAAUUUAAGAUGGCUAAAAGAAAUGUGGAAAAAAUGUCUCUAGAGUUGAGUUUUCUACUGUUAAUAUUUAUUGUAUAAUAAAUACGAAUAGAUUUGUAAUUUAAAUUGUUUGAGAAGAGCAACAAAUUCACUUAUAAAUGAUGGAAUGAUUAAAUGAAAAUUGUAUGUAAUGGUAGAUGAGAGAAAACUCGUGUAUAAAGCAACUUCAAAUGAGACCAAUUAAACUGUUGUAAGAAAAAAAAAAGAAUGACAAUUUUUCUGCUUGAAGAUGGGCUCUGAGACAAAAGACUCAAAUACCUCAAUAAGCGGCGAACCCGCAUGAAUAAGAUGUUCCC